GGGUGCCUUCUCCUACGUGAAGAGAGUCACACUCAAGAAAGAAAAAACGGAGUUUGCUGCAAAAUUCAUUUCUGCUCGGGGAAAGUGGAAAGCCUCGGCCCUCAGAGAGAUAAAGCUGGUGUCAGAACUGGAUGACAAGAGCAUUCUGUGCUUCCACGAUGCUUUCGAGAAGAAGAAUGUGGUUGUGCUCAUUACGGAAUUAUGUCACGAGGAGCUGCUAGAUAGAAUAGCUAAGAAGACAUCAGUCAUGGAAGUGGAGAUUCGCAGUUGCAUUCAGCAGAUUUUGGAGGGUCUUCGUUAUCUUCACCAAAAAAGUGUUGCUCAUCUUGAUAUUAAGCCUGAAAACAUCUUAAUGGCAAGUCCAGGGAGUGACACAGUCCGUAUUUGUGAUUUUGGAGAAGCUGUAAAAUUGGAUGCUUCAGACGAGCACUACUGCAAAUAUGGCACACCGGAGUAUGUUGCCCCAGAGAUCGUUAACCAAACUCCUGUUUCCACAGCAACAGACAUAUGGCCUGUUGGUGUCAUCACUUACCUUUGUCUUACUGGGGUGUCUCCUUUUGCUGGUGAGAAUGACAGAGCCACUGCUUUAAACAUCCGUAACUACAACGUAGCUUUUGAGGAAAGCAUGUUUUCAGACUUCUGCAAGGAAGCCAAAGGAUUUGUCAUCAAGCUUUUGGUGGUGGACAAACUGAGGCCUAGUGCCAUUGAAUGCCUUCGUCAUCCUUGGUUCAAGUCAUCAACAAAUAAGAGCAUAUGCACAGUAAUGCUAAAGGAGGUUCUUUCUAGAAGGCGCUGGCAGCGAUCUCUCAUUGGCUACAAAUCCAAGAUGGUAAUGAGGUCCAUCCCAGAGCUCCUGAAUGAUUCUUCCAGCCAUGUUUCCAUUGCAAUGCCCCGGCAUUUAAAGGAGGGCUCCCCGCCACCCUCAUCUUCAUCUGAUUCAGAUGCAGAUAUGGAUGAGCUUCCCUUUAUUCCUAUGCCCCUGUCAGUGGUCUUCUCUGAUUCCAGAGUCUCUCUUAAUGAGAUCUCAGGGGACGAAGGUGUCAGAUGGCCAAAUGUUGUUGAUAAUGGGAAGAAAAAGGACAAAGCGAAUGAAGCAGGCACUACAGGAGUGGCUAUUAAAAGUAUAACAGAUGAAACUCCAAAUGAGGAGAAAUCAGGAAGGUCAAAACAAAAUGCUCUCAAAGAAGAAACAAGUGUUGAGCCUGACGAAUCGCAGACAAGAGCCAGGCGGGCUACGAUGAGGAGAGGCAGUUCUGCUGAUUCAGCGCUGCUUCACCAUAAUGACCCGGAAGCUGGAAGUGGGAACGAGGAGUCAGAGGUGGGCAACAAGAGCCUGAAAAAGGCUGUGUCUAUGGAGCUACCAAACCGUAGUCCAAGCCCCAGCACUGCAAAGUUAAGCCAGGAGGAAUAUGCCCUAAAACUGGAGCUGAUGAGGCAGCGGCUGCUCAGGGGAGGGAGCAUUGAUAAAAAGAUGAGCGGUCUGCGGGGCCCCCUGUUUGAGACACUUGGCAUGGAAAACGAGAGGCAGACAGGUUCUCUCAAUAGAAAUUUGAGGAGUUCCAAAGUGGGGCCAUUGUCGCUCACCCGAGCAGUGUCCUCUGAGUGUUCUGAAGAGGACUUGCUAAAAAAUAAAGCUUUCCGUAAGAGUGUCUCCUUCACUCAGGGGGAUUCUGAGCCUGUGCCCCUUCACCGUAUGUUUGGAGCCCCCUUAGUGAUCCCAUCUGCCUCUGGUGGAAGCAUGGAGGGGAAGGAUCUUCAGGAGGCAACUUCAGUGUCUGCACUGACAGAACAAACAACACUACAAUCUUUAUCUUCGUUGCCAAGAGAGAAAACUUCUUUUAGAGUCCAAGCAGAAGAAAAUCUGAACCAACAGCACAAAGAAAACAAUGUGGAAGAACAUGAGAUCAUAGACCGGAGGACCAAAACUCAACCAGAAAGGACUGAUAAAACUCCUAUAAUUGUAAUAAAAGUGGAUGAUGGAGUAGGGAAAGACAGUCAAAUGUUGGAGAUAAAUAAAAAUAAAAUUAGGACAUGUAAUCAAGCUGAAACCAGUGCAAACAACAGGAAAUCUAAUGAUACAUCUGCAUUACCGGAACAUCCAGCAGUAUUUGCCAAAAUAGCAACUGAAGACAAAUCUCCUGCUUCUGUUUCCUCUUACGCUGAGCUUCCCACCAUCCCUCGCCAUCCGGUGCUCAGAACGGACAUCAAAGACAUUGAUUCAGAGGAGGUCUUUGAAGCGAGGUUUAAGAAGCGAGAAUCGUCUUUGACCAGUGGCCUCCGCAAGCUGACCCGAUACAAAUCAGAGGAGAAGUCACCCGUAUCAAGCCACAAAGUGGUUGAUGGGGGAGAGGAGAUUUACAGGCCAGGACUGGGGGGCACACCACUUGAAUUGGUUUCCAGGAAACUACCAGAAAAAUCCAAGUCUGUUCAAGAUUUAAGAGAAGUACAUCAGGAAACAGGCCUCAGUCUGAUAGGGAGGUUCUCUCUGCGGGCUAAAAGGUCGACAUCCACUGAGAAGAAGAGGGAGAAACCAAAAGAGGAAAAACAACCAAAUGUUCAGGAAACAACUGUAAAUAAAAGAGUUUUGUGGGCUGUUGGUCGCAGUAAGUCUAUAGAUACAGCAGAGCUGAAUAAUGCUGGGACACAAAAGCAGGUGGAUGAAAAAGAGACAACAAAAGCAGAGGAGUCUUCGGUUUCUGCAAUGAGGCGUAAAUUUGAGUCUAAAGUGGCAGGAAUCUCUGCCAAAAUAAGGAGUCAGUCAGAGGAAAGGAGGGCUGAACAGACAGGGGGGAGUCAGAAAGAUUUGGUUCAUAAAGAUCACAAUAAGGUCUCAGAAUCUCCUGUGUUGGCAAUGCGUCAUAGGUUUGAGAACAAAAUGUCAGGAAUAGCCACAAAAAUACGUAGUCAAUCUGAAGAGAGAAAAGGAGAUGUUGAGGGUAAAAGCACACCCCUGUUUGCUCGUCACUGGCAUUCCCAAUCAGAGGGACGUAGACUCAAAGAACUGAGCAUCCCUGAGAACCAGCUGGCAAAACAAACCGGUGGGGUAGCAUCAAAAGAAUCCAUUGAAUCCACCUCCAGCAUCCAGUCAGGCAGAGCCUCGGAGAGUGACCGAAAAUCACGAUGGGACAGGUGGGGCUUGACCAGGGCAAAGAAGGACAAAACUUCUCAGUGUGAUUUACCGUCAUCUGUCCCAAAAGACGAAGACUCAGCCAAAGACCAACAGUUUAUCCGCUCCGCUUCAGAUUUUGCUCCAGUGUUCCACAUCAAGCUAAAAGACCACGUUCUACUAGAAGGGGACUCCGUUACCCUGAGCUGCCUCCCAGCUGCCAGUCCACAUCCCAAAAUCACAUGGAUGAAAGAUCGGAAACCACUGGAGGGGACGGACGACAGGAUCAAACUAAUCUCUCACCCAGAUGGCAGACAGCUUGUUACAAUCCACAAAUCCUGCCACAGGGACGCUGGAGUGUAUGAAUGUGUAGCUACUAACCCCAUUGCCACCAUCACCACCUCCUGUACCGUUUCUAUUGCCACUGUUCCCAAACAGCCAGGAACCCCUGAAGUAGCUCAGACGUACAACAACACGGCUCUGGUGCUGUGGAAGCCUGUGGACACAAAAUCUCCCUGCAGUUACUGUCUGGAAAGAAAAACAGAAGGUGAUUCUCACUGGGUAACUGUUGCCACUGGAAUAGGCGACUGUUACUACAAUGUUACUGACCUGCCAGCAGGUGGGCCCUUCAGGUUCAGAGUGUCCUGCGUCAACAAGGCCGGACAGGGUCCAUACAGCAGCUGUUCCACUCCGCUCAUCCUGGACUCAACAGCUGAAGGAGGCUCACCUGCAGCUGCUGUAGUAAAGACUGUCCCAGCCCUCCCUGAACCAGCAAAGGACCCUCAGCUCAAACGAGUUCAGGACAAAAACACCAGAACAGACUCUUCUGUGGUCACCCUCUCCUCUCCAUCCUCGGAAACCGCUCAAUCAGCACCCACCGAGGACACUCAGAAACUGAGCACCCCUCUUCCUUCAUCUCCCACAGUGAAAACUUCUCCAUCCUUUAACCCUCCCAAACCCCAAAGUCCAGUAAAUGUGGUGACCCCAAUGACCCAGACCCCACCUCCUCUUGUAACCCUGCCUUCCACCCAGACAAAACCCACUGUGGUGUCUGUGCCCACCUAUGUCCCCACUACAGCUACCACUGCUUGCGUGGCUCCAACCCCUGUGUCUUUCUGCCCACAAGUGCUCCAGACCUCCAGUCUGAGCCCUAUCGGUGAGGGAUCGAGUACACCUACCAGCGGAACCCCAUCGGGACACGCAACAUCCUCCACUGCUCUACGGCAGGGGGUUCCACAGAAACCAUAUACGUUCCUAGAUGAGAAAGCCAGGGGUCGAUCUGGGGUGAUUCGUGAGUGCCAAGAAAAUGCAACUGGUAAAAUGUACAUGGCAAAAAUAAUUCCUUACAGUCCGAAGACAAAGCAGGAUGUGCUAAAGGAGUAUGAAAUCCUGAAGUCCCUUCAUAACAAAAUGAUCAUGUCUCUGCAUGAGGCCUAUGUCACCCCGCACUACUUAGUUCUGGUGACGGAGUACUGUACUGGCAAAGAACUUCUCUACAUCCUCACUGACAGGUUUCGCUACUCUGAAGACGAUGUGGUGGGCUACCUGGUCCAGAUCCUUCAGGCUGUUGAGUACCUCCACAACCACCGCAUCCUUCACUUAGACCUGAAGUCUGACAACAUCAUGGUGAACAACCUCAAUGCUGUAAAGAUUGUAGACUUAGGAAGCGCUCAGAGCUUCAACCCACUCAACCUGAAACCCCAAAACUCUGGAGCGGGAACACUGGAGUACAUGGCUCCUGAGAUGAUAAAAGGUGAAGUUGUAGGUCCUCCUGCUGACAUUUGGACUGUUGGAGUUGUCACCUACAUCAUGCUUAGCGGUCGACUACCCUUCGAGGAUAAAAACCCUCAAAAAGUUGAAUCUAAAAUCCUGAUGGCCACGUUUGACCCAACAAAACUGUACCCCAAUGUUUCCCAAAGUGCCUCAGCCUUUUUGAAGAAGAUGUUGAGCAGCUACCCAUGGGCCCGUCCCACAAUGCGUGACUGCUUCAUGCAUGCCUGGCUGCAAGACUCCUACCUGAUGAAGCUGAGGAGGCAGACCCUCACCUUCAACUCCAGCCGACUCAAAGAGCUCCUCGUGGAUCAGCAGAGUCACCGCGCAGAGAGCGCCACCAAGCACAAGGUGCUGCUGCGCACCUAUCAGGGCUCGCCUCGAUCCCCAUCACCUGGGACGGCGUCUCAUAUUUCCACCCCGAAGUGAGACGGAGGUGGAAAACACAAGUUUUUAGACCCUGAACUACAAACAAAACUCUGUGUGAUGUCAGCUUGAGGUGCUGCUGGAACCAGUACAUAGGACUAUGACACUGAGUCGGUUUGCUCUAAAACCAGUGAAACAACACGGAAAGUAGUUUAAUUUGCUCUUGGUUGCACAUUCUCUGUCAUAUUGUUGUAUUCGGUUGAAAGAAGUAUUCCUUUACUGCACGAUCAGC